CCAGCUCAAAUUCUUGAAUAUAUGAAUAAAUAUAUGCAAAAAUAUUAUUCUUUUGAACAGUGAUAAUUGAAAUUCAUUAAAAACAGGUGACGAUUACAGAGCCGGAAAGCUCUAUUGUUGAUUUUUUUUUCAGAAGUUGAAGGAUCUCAGCAAUUUUGCAGGAUUUGUCGAUAUUUCGUGAGUGAUCUCUGUAACGGAAUUUUGAUUUUUUUUCCUGGAAUUGGAGUGAAUAAAAGAAUAAAAUUUUUUGACGAAAUUGAUGAAUAAUUAACGGAGAGAUGAAGCGGUCAAGAGAUGAUACGUAUACGAGUUCUCAACUUAAGCGCCCUAUGAUGUCUUCUCGGGCUGAACCCUCUGGGCAAUCACAAUUGAUGGGCGGAAGUGGCGCACAGAAGCUAACGACUAAUGAUGCAUUGGCAUAUCUCAAGGCUGUAAAGGACAUCUUUCAAGACAGACGAGACAAAUAUGAUGAGUUUCUUGAAGUCAUGAAGGAUUUUAAAGCUCAAAGGACUGACACAUCCGGUGUCAUAUCGAGAGUGAAGGAAUUAUUUAAAGGACACAGAGACCUGAUUUUGGGUUUCAAUACCUUUUUACCAAAGGGAUAUGAAAUUAUCCUUCCACCUGAGAAUGAACCACCUCCUUUGAAGAAGCCGGUUGAAUUUGAAGAAGCAAUCAGUUUUGUGAACAAAAUUAAGACUAGAUUUCAAGGUGAUGACCAUGUGUAUAAAUCUUUUCUUGACAUUUUGAAUAUGUACAGAAAGGAGAAUAAAAAAAUCACAGAGGUUUAUGAGGAGGUUGCUGCUCUUUUUCGUGACCACAGUGACCUUCUUGUUGAGUUCACUCAUUUUUUACCUGAGACCCAAGCUGCAGCAUCUGCCCGUAAUGCUCAGCUUGGUCGGAAUUCUUCCCUGCGUCGUGAUGACAGAGGCUCUCCCAUGACAAUGGCAAGGCCUAUGCAUUUUGAUAAGAAACCUUCUUCAGCAUAUGGGGACUAUGACCCAAGUGUUGAUCGACCGGAUCGGGAUCCUGAGAAAGUACUGAUGCGAUCUGACAAGGAGCUGAGGAGGCGUUUCAAAGAAGAGGAGAAGAGACGAGAAGGCAGAGAGCUAAGAGAACAAGAGUAUGAUGCUAGGGAUUUAGAUGAUGGGACACAUCAUUUUUCUCACAGGAGGAAAUCUGGUCUCAAGGAAGAUUCUGAUGGCGCUUACUAUCAUCAAGGCAUGCAAGGCCAAGCGCUUGCUUUCCGUGAGAAGGUGAAGGAGAGAUUACUGAAUUCUGAUUAUUACCGGGAAUUUUUGAGGUGCCUUCACAACUACGGCAAUGAAAUAAUCACAAAAUCCCAGUUGGAAAAUCAGGUGGCUAAUUUGCUUGAAGGACAUCCAGACCUUAUGGAAGAAUUCAAUGAAUUUGUAGCUCGUGAUAAAACUGGAUCCUUGUGGAAUGAUGGACAAAUUUCUAGAUCAGUGAAGGUAGAGGAUAGAGAAAGAGACAGAGAAUGGGACAGGGAAGAGAGAGAUAAAGAUCAUAGUAAUAGAGAAAGGGACAGAUCUGACAGAGGGUUGGCCUUUGGUUUUAAAGAUGUUGCUGGGCCCAGGAUCUCCUCAUAUGCAAGCAAGGAUAAGUUUUUGGCAAAACCAAUUCAAGAACUUGACCUUUCUAACUGUGAGCGCUGCACUCCCAGUUAUCGACUUCUUCCAAAGAAUUAUCCAAUUCCUUCAGCAAGCCACAGAACUGAAAUUGGCGCUCAAGUACUAAAUGAUCAUUGGGUAUCUGUCACUUCUGGAAGUGAGGAUUACUCUUUCAAACACAUGCGCAAGAACCAAUACGAGGAAAGCUUGUUCCGUUGUGAAGAUGACCGGUUUGAAUUGGAUAUGUUGAUAGAGUCGGUGAAUACAACAACAAAACGUGUUGAAGAUUUGUUAGACAAGAUGAAUGAUGACUCGAGUCCAAUUUGUGUUGAAGACCACUUUACUGCUCUAAAUCUUAGGUGCAUUGAACGUCUGUAUGGUGACCAUGGGCUUGACGUGAUGGAUGUGCUGAGGAAGAAUGCCCCUCUUGCAUUGCCAGUUAUAUUAACUCGCUUAAAACAAAAACAAGAGGAGUGGGCAAAGUGUCGUUCUGACUUUAACAAAGUAUGGGCUGAAAUCUAUGCGAAGAACUAUCAUAAAUCACUUGAUCAUCGCAGCUUCUAUUUUAAACAGCAGGACACGAAAAGCUUGAGCACUAAAGCACUAUUAGCUGAGAUCAGAGAAAUUUUUGAUAAAAGGAGCCAAGAAGAUGAUAUGCUGUUGUCUACAAUUUCUGGAAGGAGACAGCCUUUAGUUCCUCACUUGGAAUUUGAGUAUCCUGAUCCUGAUAUCCAUGAAGACCUAUAUCAACUGAUCAAAUAUUCUUGUGGGGAAGUUUGUACCUCCGAACAGUUGGAUAAAGUUAUGAAGAUUUGGACUACUUUCCUGGAACCAAUGCUUGGUGUUCGCUCCAGGCCUCAGCGUGAGGACACUGAGAUUGUUCGAAAGGCUAGCAAUUGUUCUGUUAGAACUAUUACCAAUACUGUUUGUGGGAGUGAUGGUAGUCCUCCUGGCAGUGCAUCUGUCAUUGAUUGCAAACAGUCAGAUGCUUCUAAAAUUGCAGAGGAAAGUAUUCCCUCUGAACGCUCAACUUCAAGAAAUGGUGGUAAUGAAGUUAAAGAUGAUGACUCACAUGAUGCAGCACAUAAGAGUGACAGUUUAGGCAAUGCUUCACCACCUGCAAAGAUCUGCAAUGAUGGCAUUGUGGCAGAUGAAUUUUCUGAGAUCAGCAAGCUAGCUUCUCUUGGCGAGCAGCUAACUAGUUCUAGUGCUGAUGGACAUGAAAGAGCUAAUGCAGAAAAUGCUUCGGGAUCCUGUGCUACUCCUGGCAAACCUGGUGAUGUCACUGCUGAAAUUGAGCUUCAGAUGAGAGCUAGUAAUGAAUCUCAGAAUGCUGAUUGUACCCAACCUGAGUCAUCUUCAGCUGUUACUGCUCCAGAAGGCAUCAAAAUUCAGAAAUUCCAAGAAGAAUCUGUAGCCCACUUCAAAAUGGAGAGAGAGGAAGGGGAAUUAUCUCCUACUGGUGAUUUUGAGGAGGAUAAUUUUGCAGAAUGUAAAGAGGUGGAACGUGAUGCAAAGGUUAAUGCUCAUAAGACGCAGCAUCAGGAUGUAACUGGAGGAGGAGAAACUUGUGGCGGAGAUGCAGUAGGAGAAAAUGAUGCCGAUGGUGAUGAUGAAGGUGAAGAAAGUGCUCGUAGGUCAUCAGAGGACAGUGAGAACGCUUCUGGAAAUGGUGAUGUUUCAGCAAGUGAAUCUGCUGAUGGAGAGGAGUGCUCUCCUGAAGAGCCUGAUGAAGAUGGAGAGAAUGAUGCAAAUGAUAACAAGGCUGAAAGUGAGGGUGAGGCAGAAGGAAUAGCAGAUGCUCAUGAUGUUGAAGGGGAUGGAGCUGUUUUGCCACACUCAGAACGAUUUCUGCAGGCAGCUAAGCCUCUAACAAAGUUAAUUCCUCCAGGAUCACCUGAAGGGGAUAAGGGUUCUCAGAUCUUCUACGGGAAUGAUUCCUUCUAUGUGCUUUUCAGGCUUCACCACAUACUGUAUGAAAGAAUACACAAGGCAAAGUUGCAUUCUUCUUCUGCUGAAAAUAAAUGGAGGGUUUCAAAUGAUACAAAUCCAACAGACUCCUAUGCUAGGUUUAUGAAUGCUCUUUACAGUUUACUAGAUGGUUCUGCUGAUAAUACCAAGUUUGAGGAUGACUGCCGGGCUAUUAUUGGAACUCAAUCUUAUCUUCUUUUUACAUUGGACAAGCUUAUAUAUAAACUUGUCAAACAACUACAAACUAUUGCAACCGAGGAGAUGAACAACAAACUUCUUCAACUACAAGCAUACGAGAGAUCAAGAAAACCGGGAAAAUUUGUUGAUUGCUACUACAAUGAAAACGUCCGCAUCUUUCUUAAUGAUGAGAACAUUUAUCGAAUAGAAUGUUCAUCUGUGCCAACAAGAUUGUCUAUACAGCUCAUGGACUGUUCGUUUGAUAAACCAGAUUCAAAUGCUGUUUCUAUGGAUCCAAACUUUGCAGCUUAUCUGACAGAGUUUCUGUCUGUUGUUGUUCCUGAGAGAAAGGUCAAUCCUGGGUUGUACUUGAGAAGAAAUAAGCGGAAAUAUAUGCAUUUAGAUGAAAAUGAUGCUUUCAUGGAGGCUAGUAAGGGACUUGUGAUGCGUAAUGGUCUGGAGUGUAAGAUUAAUUGCAACACAUCAAAGGUAUUUUAUGUUUUAGACACUGAAGACCUUUUGUUAAGGAGGAGGAAGAAGAGGAGAAUUUCGCAUGAGAAUGGCUCAUGCAAUGGGCAUGCAAAGUCUUCAAAUGGUUUUUUCAAUAAAAUUUGGGACAAAUUGCUGUUUAGUCAAUAUGCAGUUCUGCAGGAGUAACAGUUGAUAGGUGUAUCUUCGUCCUUUACUCCGGAAUGUGCAUCUCUCACAGUAUUUAGCCUUUAUAUAUGCUAAUAACUUCAUGUUUAUGUACUACAGAACUUUCGAGUUAGCUAUGCCUAGUAUCUUGCAUGAUCUGAAACCUCAGACAUCGGUAUCUUUCUUUCUCUUUUGACUCCUUUCUCUUGGUUUCAAUACAGAGUACAGAAUAUAGAGCUCCUGAUAUUUCUGUCAGUGUAUUCUUCAGUGGUGAACCAUGCACAUUAGGUAGAGGUGUUCGAAAUUAGUUUACACCAGAAGUGGAUAUACUACUUGAUCUCUGCUUUGUCAUGUAAUCUAGCUCUCAUCAAAUGAAUAAGGAUGAGCUAAAGAGAUACUAGUGGCUUAGGAGUUACAUUUUCUGUUCAAAUCUUGGAGAUAGCAAUGAUGUGUAUAUAUUGGCACCGUGAUACAUACCUUUUGUUGGUGACCAUUCAGGCCUUUUCUUUUCAAGUUGCUUUCAGAACGCAUGUGUAGGAAAAACAUGUCCUGGUUUCUUUUCGACUAAAACAACUCUUUAUUCAGUAAA